UUAUCUGUGAUAGACCAGUCGGAUGAGGUCCGUCUUCAGUGGGGUUAUUGGUGUAUCUCAGUGUGUGGCGGCGUUCACCAGGGUCCUCAGCACUCCUGCAGGAUGGACAGGUGGCGGACGGUGGCGGCCACGGUGGCGCUGGUCAGCGGCGUGGUGGUGGCGGCGACACAAGACCCAACGUGGCCACCGUCUGAGGUCUUCAUGCUGGGGGCGGAGGAGUGGCUGGGCAGCCCUGCGACGCGGGCGGCCGACGGCCUCCCUAGACUCCUGCUGAGUGGCGCUCCCUAUGACGAGUCCUCGGUGUUGGAGGCGUGGACGUGGGCGUACCUGCCCUCCACGGACCCCGAGGUGGUGAAGAACGAGGCGUGUCGUAACGACGUCAAGGCGGUCAUUAAGGCUAUCAGGAACCCGCUGGUGUACGCCGAGGUCCUCCUCAAGGGUCACCUCUGGCCCGUCAUCUUGCCAGACUCGUGGGGCAAGGUGCCGGACGGGUUGUUGACGGGGAACUUCCAGCCGUGGGGGAUGAUGGAGGAGUGCACGAUGUUGCACGUGCAUGAGCUCAUCGACUUUCCUCUCAAGCCCUUCGACCUCAACACCACCUUCGACGGGAAGUACUGCGCCGUCUCCUUCAGGAAGAGCACAGAUGUGGAGGAGCAGCCGGGCCCGCAGCCUCGUAUUGGAGCCUUCAUGCCCGCCAUCCCUCUCUACUUCUACGGCACCUGUAUGCCCUCCUCCUGUGCUGCUGACGACCUCAGGGUGAGUUUGGACGCCAGGAUGAGCGCUCUCGGGAAGCAGACCUCCGCUGUUGACUGUCAGACCAGGAAUGACACCAAGACCCUGGAAGCUGCCGACAUUGUUGUCAUUGUUGUGCUGACCGUCCUCGGGGGUCUUCUCCUCGCUGGUGCUGCCCUCGACAUCGGCAUCAACUACUCCGAUCAGCAGCAGCUUCGAAAAGGUCCUUGGCGGUUCCUGCUGGCCUUCUCAGCCUACACCAACAUCAAGAAAAUAUUUGCCAUCAGUAAUAAGAAAAAUCCUGAAGUAAUUUCCUGCCUUCAUGGAAUGAGGGUGAUGUCCAUGACCUGGGUGGUGUGGGCCCAUUGCUAUAUAUUUUUCUACACAUACUCCACUAACUUACUAGGAAUCCAGGAGGUGACAGAUGACGUGCUCGACGAGACGGUCGACAACGCCGGCUUCAGUGUCGACACUUUCUUCUUCAUCAGCGGCUUCCUGGUGACUUAUGGAGUUCUGAAGGAGUUCAGCAGAGUAGGCAGGAUCAACUGGAUCAUGUACUACGUUCACCGCGUCAUCAGGUUAGCGCCACCCAUAGCCUUGACUGGUGCCGUGAUGGCCACGCUGGCAAGGUUCCUGGUGUUCGGGCCCCUUGCCAUGCACAUUGAGCGGACCGUCGUGGAGAUCUGUCAGCAGUACUGGUGGGCAGACUUCCUCUUUGCCACCAACUUUAUGAAUCAUAUGUGUCUGGCGCAGUGCUGGUACACGGCUGUCGAUACACAGAUCUACAUUGUGCUUCCACUGGUGCUCGCGCCUCUUCUUUACAAGCGCAAGAUUGGACUUCCACUGCUGGGGUUGGUCACUGCGGUAUCCUUCGCCAUCCCAACGACAAUAGCGGCUGUCUAUAAUGUGCCUCCUGCAUUCAACUUUAUAGACCCGGUUGUAAAACCGACUGCUCGCGUGGACACCUACAUGACCCCGUGGUGUCGAGCCAACUCUUACAUGGUGGGUGUGUGGGCUGGCUGGCUCAUCUACACUGUGCGAGGCCGCACCAUCAAACUCAAGCUGUGGCAGACGGUGUUGGGGUGGGCUGCGGCGACGACGGUGGCCUCGCUGGUGCUGUACGGGAUGGCCAGGUACGACACCUGGGGGGACGACCAGGUGCCCCUCCCUCGCGCCCCCAGCAUCAUCUACGCGGGCUUCAGCCGGGGCGCCUGGUGCCUCGCCCUCCUCUGGCUCGUCUUUGCUUGUCAUACUGGAAAUGGAGGUCUGAUCAACUCGUUCCUGUCCCACCCGUCCUGGCAGCCUCUGAGCCGUCUGACCUACACACUCUACCUCACCGCUGUGCCUCUUCAGUCCCUGUUCCCCGGCCAGGUCUACCUGCCUUUCUACAUCAACCAUCUCAAUAUGAUUGUUUAUGCGUGCGGCUUCCUGUUUAUUGGAGGUAUACUGGCGGUGUUGCUGUCUGUUAUGACGGAGGGACCCGUUAUAGGCCUGGAGAAGCUCCUCCUGCACCGCCCAGGGCGAGGAUUGAGUGAUAUACCAGACGAGACUAAGAUUACCAGAAAAUGAAGUGCCACGUUCCUCUCUACGUCAUGUGGAUUUUAACUUUUGUUCGUUUGUUAAUUAGCUAUAUCUGGAUAUUUAGGGUUCCAAGCAUCUAAAGCCUUAAUAUUAAAAUUGCAUUGUAAAAGGAUUUGUAAACAAAGGUUAGGUUAGGUUGGGUUAUGUUAGGUUAGGUUAGGUUGAUUUGGGUUAGGUUAUGUUAAGUUGGGUUGGGUUGGGUUUGGUUGGGUUGGGUUGGGUUGAGUUAUGAUAGGUUAGGUUAAAUUAUGUGGUGCGGAGAAUUCAGUGAUCAUAUUUUCAAUAUCAUUCUAAGGCUGAUUUCAAAUUUGUCUGGUCAUGGACAUGACUGAGGUUGAGGCACUAAGAUUCCUGCAAGAAUGAUCAAAAGUUGUUUUAACUUGGCUUUAUAUUGACCAGGAAGUAAUGUACAAAUAGCAGGCAAAGUUUCGUGUUCAUAUAUGCACAAUAAAUACUUUAUAAGAUA